AUGGCUGGUGACAACGUUAACAACAAUUCCGAUACUGAUCAUGAUGGUACUAUUCCCCGCGGUGAGGUGGAUCCUCCUGUGGUGAACACUAAUGCACCUUCGGCUACUUCGAGUACUAAUAAUGGUGCUAUGAUUAAUGUGGCUAGUAUAGGUCCAUCGGCACAGACUGGUGCGACGACAUCAACAUCAACGACUAAUAACUCUAGCGCCAUGCCUAACAUCCAGACGACUUCUUCAACAAGCUCUCCGGUUGUGGUAUCUACGGUUUCUAGUGAGUCUAUUCUUCCUGCUAGGACGAAGCGACUCUUUGUGCCCGUUCCUGAGAAGUUUGCUAAUAAACCAACGGACAAUAUACGUGACUGGUUUGAAGCUUAUGAGCUCUAUACCUACGGUAAUCUCUAUGAUGAUCGUGCUCGUGCCCGUUUCCUGGGUGCAUUCCUUACUGGUGAUUCUGCUAAUGUUUGGAAGACUCAGUGCUCUAAGGUUAAUUACGAAGCUGACAAGGCAAUUCUCAUUAAGACUUUUGAGAAGUGUCGAUUGCCUGAUGAAGCUUGGAGUCGGUUUGAUAACUACCACUGCCUUGUCACGAUACUUGAACGAGUACAACGACUUGCUGAAGCCUGA